GAGGCAGGCGAGAGGGAGAGAGAAGGUGGUAGCAGUACCGCCGGGUGGGAGCAGGCGCUAUCGCCCCGCUCUCGCCCACGUUGGUAGGCGCGCGGGGGCGGUAGGCGGGCGGUAGCGAGGCGGUGCGCUGGCGUCGAGCGAGAGGGGUGGGACGGGAGUGACGUGGCGCGUUUCUAUUGGUCAACGUGGAGGUUGAAACAAUUAAAUUUGAAAAAGAAAAGCUGACGUGGAGAAGAGAGAAGUAAGAGCUGGCACUAUGGCCUGUGCAUUGGAGGGGUGAGGUGAGAGUGGGGUGAGAGUGAGGAUUAGAGCUAACGUGGCGGGACGAUAUCUCCCCCGCCUCUGGACUCAGCCUUAGCCUCUGCGAUGGCGGUGGCCGCAGCAGCAGGAGCAGGGGGCGAGCUGCGGCUGCUGGGCACGUGGUCGAGCCCGUGGGUGAUCCGGGUGAGGGUGGCGCUGGGGCUCAAGGGCCUGAGCUACGAGUACCUCGAGGAGGACCUGGCGAGCAAGAGCGACCUCCUGCUGAGAUCCAACCCGGUGCACGGGAAGGUGCCGGUCCUCCUCCACGGCGGCCGGCCGGUGUGCGAGUCGCUCGUCAUCCUGGAGUACGCCGACGAGGCCUGGCCGGGCGUCGGCCCACCGCUCCUCCCGUCCGACCCCUACGACCGCGCCACGGCGCGGUUCUGGGCGGCCUACGUCAACGACACGUUUCUUCCGGCGUUCAGGGCGCUGUUCAGGUCGCUGACGGAGGAGCAGCGGGCGGCGGCGUUCGAGAACGCCGUCCCGAAGGUGGAGGCGCUGGACCGGGCGCUCGCGGAGUGCUCCAAGGGGAAGCCCUUCUUCGGCGGCGACGCCGUCGGGCUCGUGGACGUCGCGCUCGGGAGCCACCUGGUGUGGAUCAGGGCGGUGAACGAGGUGGCCGGCACCAACCUCCUGGACGGGGCCAGGUUCCCCGGCCUGGCGGCGUGGGCGGAGCGGUUCUUGGCCGUGGACGCCGUGAGGGAGGUCGUGCCGGACGCCGGGAAGGUCUUGGAGCAGUACAAGGGGUUUCGGGCUAAGUGGAUCGCCGCUGCUGGUUCUACUUCCAAAUCUACAUGAACAUAGUGUCACAGUGUAUGUUCGCAUGCUUGUCUGGGGUUCUCCAGUCUGCUCACUGAUGGACACGUUGGACUUCGACGCAGUACCUCAAAGUCCAAACACCUGCUGAGUUCUUGAAGUAUGAAGUACCUGUACUUGGAGAAGUAUUUGGUGUGUGAUUUUGUGUAAUAAGAGACCUACGAAAUGGUGAAAAAUAAAUGUUCAAUGCGUCACUCUGCAUUGAAAUCGUUGGAGUCUGA